AGUUGACAAACCGAAAGCGUCAAAGAGCUCACAUCGUGUUCCUGCUGCACAAGAGCGUCUGUACUUCUGCAGGUGAUGGUCAGCGGCUGAUUGUGCUCAAAGCUCUGCUAAUGUCUGCACUGGUGUUUUAGCUGCAGUAUGGCAGAGGAGCGAGUAAAGGACUCUCUCUCAGAGAAACACAGUGUGAGAUCAGGAUCAUGUGUGUCUCUGAAGAGUGACUGGUCUAAAGGGAAUCCAUCAAACUUCAGAGAGAAUACACCAUCAUCUGCCAACAGUGUGAGAUCAGGAUCAUGUGCGUCUCUGAAGAGUGACCGGUCUAAAGAUGGUUAUCUACCAAACUUCAGAGAGAAAACACCAUCGUCUGUCAACAGUGUUGGAUAUGAGUUACCAGAUUCAGGAGACAAGACUCACAGGAACCACAAGAGUUUUUUAGGAAACCUCCUGAGGAUCUUUCAGAAGCUUGAGAGCAAAAUGAUCAGAUUUCUAAAGAAUGAACUGGAAAAGUUUAUGAAAAUCUUACUAGAAGAAAACAGACAAGAGUUUGUAAAGGACUUUAAUGAGAACAGAAGCAGAAUCACAGAAGCAGCUCUUGAUCUCACACUCUUUUUCCUGAGAGAGAUGAAGCAAGAUGAAGUUGCUGAUACUCUCGAGGAUGAGCUGUUCUUCAUUAAUCAACUUAAAUGUAGCCUGAAGAAGAAAUAUCAAAGUGUGUUUGAAGGAAUUGCUCAGCAAGGAGACUCCACACUUCUGAAUAACAUCUACACAGAUCUCUAUAUCACUCAGGGUGCGAGUGAACAGGUCAACACUGAACAUGAGAUAAGACAGAUUGCUUCCAGACGUCAUCAGUCACUAGAGAUACAGGUUGAAUGCAAACAUUUGUUUGAAGCACUUGAACAAGACAAGCAGAUCAGAACUGUCCUAACAAAAGGAGUUGCUGGCAUCGGGAAAUCAAUCUCUGUGCAAAAGUUUGUUCUGGAUUGGGCUGAAGGAAAAGAAAAUCAAGACAUUAGCUUCAUAUUUCCUCUUCCAUUCAGAGAGAUGAACUUAAAGGAAAAAGAAAAACAAAGUUUAAAAGACCUCAUAACUCAGUUUUUCCCAGAGACUAAAGGACUGAACCUUACAAGAAGCACACAAUUCAAAGUCCUGUUCAUCCUUGAUGGAUUGGAUGAAUGUCGUCUUCCUCUGAACUUUGCUGGUAAUGAGACGUGUUGUGAUGUAUCUUCAGCAGUCUCUCUAGAUGUUCUCCUGACAAACUUCAUCAAGGGAAAUCUGCUUCCUUCUGCUCUCAUCUGGAUCACCAGCAGACCAGCAGCUGCCAGUAAGAUUCCUGCUGACUGUAUCGACCGGCUGACAGAGAUACGAGGAUUCAAUGAUGCAAAGGAGGAGUACUUCAGAAAGAGACUCACAGAUCAGAAUCAGGCCAGAGAAAUCAUUGAGCACAUUAAACAGUCAAAGAGUCUCUUUAUUAUGUGCAACAUCCCAGUCUUCUGCUGGAUUUCAGCCACUGUUCUCCAGAAUGUUUUGAAGGAGAAAAGAAAAAUUGAACUGAAACACAGAACCUAUGUUGAAACACUGCAGGAAUCUCCCAAGACUCUGACACAGAUGUACACACACUUUCUCUGCUUUCAGAUCCAGCAGAGCAGACGAAAGUAUGAUGGAGAAAACACACCAGAUGUCUCCUGGGAUCAAAACUUCAUCCUUUCACUGGGGAAACUGGCCUUCCAGCAGCUGGAAAGAAACAAUAUGGUCUUCUAUGAAAGCGAUCUGAAAGACUGUGGCAUUGACAUCUAUAAGGCAUCGGUGUACUCAGGCAUGUGUACCCAGAUCUUUAAGGAGGAGACGGGGAUCAUUCUUGGUACCAUGUACUGCUUUCUUCACUUGAGCAUUCAGGAGUUCAUUGCAGCACUUUAUGAGCAUCUUUUUCUUGACAUCAACAAGACGUGUCAAUCAAUUUUUAGUCACAAAAGCAAAAAUAAAUGUAUGAUUGAUUUGCUGAAGACUGCAGUAGACAAGGCUCUAAAAAGUGAGAAUGGACAUCUGGACCUUUACCUUCGCUUCCUUCUCGGUCUGUCAUUUCAGUCCAAUCGACAACUAUUACGAGGAUUGUUGACACAGCAGGAUGACAGAGAACAGAGCAAAGAGGAAAUAAUUGCAUACAUCAAGCAGAAAAUUGAAGGAAAUCUGUCUCCAGAGAGAUCCAUCAAUCUGUUCUACUGUCUGAAUGAACUGAAUGACCAAACUCUGCUGAAAGAGAUUCAGUCUCACCUCAGUAGAGGAAGUCUGUCAUCUGCUGACCUUUCACCUGCCCAGUGGUCUGCUCUGGUCUUUGUGUUGUUGACCUCAGAGGAGGAGCUGGAGGAGUUUGAGCUUCAGAAAUUCCAGAGAUCAGACGAGUGUCUCAUCAGACUAUCAGCAGUCAUCAAAAUCUCCAAAAGAGCUCAGCUACAGUGCUGUAAUCUCACUGUGCGGUCUUGUGAGAUUUUGUCUUCAGAUCUACAAUCCUCAAACUGUGUCCUGAGAGAGCUGGACCUGAGUAACAAUGACCUGCAGGAUUCAGGAGUGAAGAAGCUCUCUGAUGGACUGAAGAGUCAACACUGUAAACUGGAGACUCUGAGAUUGUCUGGCUGUAUGGUGACAGAGGAAGGCUGUGGUUUUCUGUCUUCAGCUCUGACUUCAAACCCCUCACACCUGAGAGAGCUGGAUCUGAGCUACAAUCAUCCAGGAGAUUCAGGAGUCAAGCUGCUCUCUGAACAACUGGAGGAUCCAAACUACACACUGGACAAACUCAAUCUGGAUCAUGGAGGAGAGAACAGGAUUACAGCAGGACCAGGGAAAUAUGCGUGUUUCCUCACACUGGAUCCAAACACAGCACACACUCAACUUAUUCUGUCUGAGGAGAACAGAGAAGUGAAGAGUGUGAGAGAGGAUCAGCCGUAUCCUGAUCAUCCAGACAGAUUUGAUUAUUGUCCUCAGGUGUUGUGCAGAGAGAGUGUGUGUGGACGCUCUUACUGGGAGAUUGACUGGAGUGGAGAUGAUCGUGGUGUGUAUAUAUCAGUGUCAUAUAAGAGCAUCAGCAGGAAGGGAGGAGGUGAAGAGUCUUGGUUUGGAAAUAGUGAUCAAUCCUGGAGUUUGUUCUGGUCGUCUUCCAGUUUCUCCUUCAUACACAAUGAUACAGAGACUCGUCUCCCAGUGGAGCCGCUCAGCAGUAGAAUAGGAGUGUUUGUGGAUCACAGUGCAGGAACUCUGAUCUUCUACAACAUCUAUAGAGACACAAUGAGCCUCAUCCACUCAGUCCAGACCACAUUCACUGAGCCGCUCUGGCCUGGGUUUUGGCUUUAUUAUCCUGGAUCAUCAGUGAAACUGUGCUGAAGACUGACGAGAGAUUUACCCACAAUUCUCUGCAAGAGCAGUCAGCAGCAGCAGUGUGUGUGAGUGAGAGAGAGCGAGUGUGUAUGUGUGUGUGUGUGUGUGAAAGAGAGACAUAGGCUCUAUUUUGACGAUCCAUGCGCAGGGCGCAAACGCAUUAAGGGCGUGUCUGAAUCCACCCUUGCUAUUUUGGUGACGGAAAAAUCCGCUUUGCGCCAUGGUCUAACAGGGUUUAGCUAAUUCUCUUAAUAGUUCUAGGUGUGUUUUGAGAAUAAACCAAUCAGAGCCUCAUCUCCCAUUCCCUUUAAGAGUCAGUUGUGUCGCACCAUAGCACAUUUGCUAUUUACAUGGCGGACUUUGUAAGUGGAAAAACUAAGCGCUUCACUAGCGAGAAAACAGUUAAACAGAGCAUCUACAGUGCGAGAAUGAGAUAUUAGCCUGCUCAUUAUUUACUUUCACUCUCGUGGAUUGGGAAACUUCUUGUACGCAGAGACAUCCAUUAGCCUAUACAUAAUUUCGUUUGUUAAGCGCAAAGAUUUGUUUCAAAACUAUUUCUAAAUUCUGUUCUAAUUUCCAGCAAACGAAUAAAUGAACAAUAAUAAUGAAGUGUGGUCAAACAGUGAGUUAUAUCCAAAUACACAUGCUGUACCCCAUAUGGUCUAAAACCUGAAAGGUGGGCAAAUCUAAGCUUGUUUUUAAUAAAACAAAUAUAAAUAUGCAGAUAAUAAAUAAUACUGCUAAUAAUAAUAGCAUUAUACAAAAGCAAAUUGUUAUGAAUAAACAGAAAACGUUUAAUCGUUUAACAGUUAUUAAACUGAAAGCCCCCCAGAGAGAUUGUGAGAGAGAGAGCAAGUGGAAAGUGGAAAACGAGGAAGAAAUGUAUCAAUAAGUCAUGACUGCAACAGUAAGUGGCAAAAAAAGCGAAACAAAAAAGACUUUUAUUUUGCCGUGGCGUGACAUCAUCAGGCUGCGCCGCUCCUGCGCUGUGUUUCAACUGGAGAAAGGUUGAUGCUUUAAAACGUUUACAGAGAUCUGUCCCUGUAUAACAUCCCAGUAAAAAAAACUGUGAAAAAUGUAGGAAUUUUAAUUUCCAAGGAUUCAAAAAUUAACAUCAAAAAAAAAAAUUAAAAUAAAGUACACAAAGCUAAUGCUAUCCUGAAUUGCGAGAUAUUUCAAUUUUUGGACAAAUUCUUUUAUCCAAGGUUAAAUAUCUAUCAAAACUGAUUUAUCCUGCUCAAGCGUUAACUCCCUCCUCAGAAAUCAUAAAAACAAGUAACCAAAAAAUGAAUCACUUUAUUUGGAGACACAACUCAUUAUAUUAAAAAAUCUGAUAUUAUCAAAUCGUAUGAAGAAGGAGGUCUGAAUUGAGUUUGAAAGAAAGAAUACUAUGUUAAAACUUAAAUGGCUUCAAAGGUUUUUGAGUAAUACUGAGAGUUUCUGGUACACUGUUCCUCGUGCCUUGUUUAACAAACUGGGAGGCAUCCGAUUUCUUCUCAGAUGUGACUUUAACUUGCCUAAAUCUCCAGUGGAGCUUUCGGCAUUCCACCAACAAGUCUUGUUGUUUUGGAAACUAGCGCGCGCACAAUUUUACACCCCACAAUACCUCUAUCUAGAAUAACAACUAUAUUAUACAUAGGAACAUAUCCAUUUUUUAUGGAGAAUGGUUAAAUAAAAAUAUUUGGUCAGUAACAGACAUAAUAGAUGGAAGGGGCAAUAUUCUAGAUUAUAAUAUUUUCAUUCUAAACCAUGGAUUUGCUUGUCAUCCAAAGCAAUUUUUCACUGUUAUUAAUGUUAUAUUCUCAGGUAUAAAAAUGUUAAUGAAAAGUUCCCUAUCCAAUUCGAAUAUUACUCCAGUCCUUCCCUUAUUAUAUAUUGAUGAGAUUGAAAUUGAUAAUAAACUUUGCACUAAUUAACAUUUAAGACAAAUAAUUAUCCAAUCUUGCUUCCCCUGUCAAGUGUUAAGAAAUAAGUUAUUUCAUUCAUUGGAUAAAAAUACUGUUAAAUAUUUUAGAACGACAUAUCUUAAAUUUCCAAUUCUCCCCAAGGCAAAAGAAGUACAGUUUAAAAUAUUAAAUGAUAUAUACCCUUCUAAUAGGUUUUUACACUUGACAUUUAAUUUAGAAAAUUCACCAUGCCAUUUAUGUAAACAAUAAUUGAAGACACAACAGAUUUUUUACUUGUAGCUCCAUUCAAUCAUUUUGGAAGAAAGUACAAGACUGAUUGAUAAUAAAGAAUGUGGAUGCUAAAGGUUUGACUUUUACAUUACAAGAUGUGUAAUAUGGAAUUACUAGAGAUUGCUCUGUUUUGCACGAUUUGAUAAAUAUGAUCAUUGUAUUAGCCAAAUAUUUUAUUCAUAAAUGCAGGUAUUUCAAAACACCUCCAUCAUUGUAUUUAUAAAAGAACUUAGAAUAUUUUCGGAUGCCCUGGCUAAAAUGAAAACAAAAAUUGCCUUAAUGUUUCAUUUAUUUGUAUCAUAUAACUUGCCA